GUUAAAAGCAAGGUAUUGAUGAAGUGAUAUGGUCAGAUGUACAGCUAUUAUGCGCUGCAUCCUUUAUGUGACGGGGGCUGACCUUUUUCAGGGUUGUGAAUGGUUGCUGGCCUCUGGACUGGAUGAUUGUGAUGGUGUGUGUUUUGCACUGCCACAUGCCCUUCUUCAUAUGCAGAGCUCAUGGGAGGGUUCUUGACGUUUGACAGUCAUCCGGGAGUGGGGACCACGUUUACAUUCAGUGUCCGGGUUUUGAAGGCCGAUUCAGCAACUCAGGAGGGAAUAACUGCGGAGUUGAGUAGUCCUGAGGAUGAUGGUUUUGCAAGCUUUGCCAUGCAGAGGCUGCGUGGACUUAAAGCCCUUGUAGUCGAUAAUAGGAAUGUGCGUAGAGAGGUGACAGCAAGUUACCUGCGACGAAUAGGCAUGCGUGUUGAGCCCGCGUCAACAGCUUCCGAGGCUGUGAAAAUGAUUGCAGCUAGCUUGAGUUUGCGCCAUGACCGUGACGGGCUGAGAUCGACUGCCGGACUUGCCGGGGUAGGAGGAGAACAGCAAUGUGCUGUGCACCCUCCUCCUCCUCCCCAUACGGGGGACCGUCUCGGUAAUUGGCCCUGCGAUCCGACAACAGGACGGCCGUGGCGGAUCGACUCCGGUGGCAAUGCAAACACAGAUCAGAAUCGGGAGAGGAAUGGGGACGCGAACAGGAACGGCAAACGAAGUCGGAACAGGAGUGGGCUGGAAGGGUUCAAGCACCGCAACGCGAACAAGAACCGCGACGUGAACGGCAACAUCAACUCCAACAGAGUCGCUGACAUAAUAAUCCCGGAGGGUGCCGAACAGCCAAGGGGUGACCUGGCGAGCAGAGUCAGCGGACAACAGUGUACCAAUGAAGGAUCGGUGGCGACCGACGAAAGGUUUUCUGUUGUUCUGGUGGCAGACUCAGAAGAGAGGGAUUUGGAUUGGAUCUGGUUUAUAAAGCAGGCUGAAGAGGAGUUGGCGACAACUUCGAGGGAGUGGGCGUCUCUCUCCUCGCCGGCAGCAGCAGCUCCAAGGUUGCCGCCGAUGAUAGUGCUGCUUGGGGGAUACAACAAGAUGAUGGAGGCACGGGCGUGCGACUUGGGCUUCGCGGGCUGUGUGGGCAGGCCGAUGCGAAGAACACCUCUGCUGAAGGCCCUGUUCCAGGCACAGAACGUGCUCGGCGGGGAGGGGGCGGAUGGGGCAGCAAACCCAGCCCAACCGCUUGUUGGUUUACCAGUGCAGAAAGUAGGCGCUUUGAAGUCUCUUCUACGCGGGAAGAGGUUUCUGGUCGUUGACGAUAAUCGAGUGAACCUCAAAGUUGCUAGUCGGCUGCUGGAGAAGUGUGGCGCAGAGGCCUCCUGUGCUGCUAGUGGACACGAGGCUAUCAGGCUUCUCGAAAUACCACACAACAUCGACAUCGUGCUUAUGGAUGUCCAGAUGCCGGACUUGGACGGUUUUGAAACAACACGGCGGAUUCGCCAGAUGGAGAGAGAGGCAUGUCUGCAAGAAAAGAACUCUGUACAGCACACAGUUAUCGUUGCCAUAACUGCAGACGUCUUGAAGGGAACAAGGGAGAAGUGCAUCGAGUCUGGAAUGGAUGGCUACGUGACGAAGCCCAUCCACGAGGACCAGCUAUUGCGAAUUGUCGCAAAGUUUCUCGGCAAAAAGUCCGGUGCCAGUUGCGAGAUCGAAGAAAUGAGUUGAUCUGGGUUUUGACUGACUCAUGACUCAUCCCUUAAGCGUACAUAAUCCGCUCCAUGGUCUUAUCGUUGUCUUUGUUUAUUGUCUUGUCCCCAUUUCUUCGAGGUCAAGGAUAGUAAAGGGCCGUCACCACA